UUCCUCAAACACAGCUAACUCCAACAUACUUCACAUCCUACCUGUUACAACCAGCUCUGCGGUUAAGAGGGUGGGAUUCUUUCUGCGUAGUCGAUCCUACUUACUAUCCAAAGCGGAGACCUCUCCGAGAUGUCAGGUAUUAGUCCAGAGGGGCAGAUCUGCGAGCCACACAGCAGCUCCCGGGUCUACGGUACAUUAGCCUCUCCGUGGGAGAGGGAUCCCAGACAGCUCUGCUGGGGAGCCAGCCCAGGAGAUUUGUUAGCGGGCUGCUCCGGGGGAUACCAGCCACCUCCGGCACCCGAGCGCCAAAGGUGCUUGUGUUGCUGCUGCUGCUGCUGCUGGCGCGUUUCAUCCAAACUCCAGCCAGAGCGGGGGCAAGUUGAACCGGAGACAUUAGAGCCACUGUGGUUUGGAGAGACGAGGGCGCACGGGGAGCGCAGCAGCACCAUGCCUGCUAUCAAGAAGGAGCGACUUGACAGGGAAGAGAUGGCCCUGGCAGCUUUUAACCAGCCCAUGGAAACCUUACCUGACUAUCUCGCCCCUCUGGCUGCCGCUGCCAUUCCGGUGGUAACCCCGCACCCGCCGGCUUACGACCAGAUCUUCGCCCACCGCACGUACCUGGGCUUCCACGAGACCCACCACCCCCACCCCCCCCACCUCCCCGAGGACCUGAUGCUGGAGAGGUUUUCCUCCAUCCCGGAUUUCCAGCCCUUCUUUGACAACGGAGAGCCUUGCAUCGAGGUGGAGUGCGGGGAGAACAAGGCGCUGCUCUACAUCAGUAAGUUGUGCCAGGGGAGCAAAGGACCCUCUAUCCGGUACCGGGGAGAGUGGCUCACCCCCAACGAGUUCCAGUUUGUCAGCGGCAGGGAGACGGCCAAGGACUGGAAGCGCAGCAUCAGGCACAAAGGGAAAAGUUUGAAGACUCUUAUGUCCAAAGGAAUCUUACAGGUACAUCCUCCAAUCUGUGAUUGCCCUGGGUGUCGAAUUUCGUCUCCAGUGAACCGGGGUCGCCUGGCAGAGAAGAGGACGAUCCCCCUACCUCCAACCAGGAUCCUGAAGAAAGAGCUGACCUCAAUUUUCUCACACAGUGAUGACAGUGAAGAGAGUGAUAAGAGCAAUGGUCAACACCCUGAAGUAAAGCAGGAGGAGGAUCUCCAUAUCAGUAUCAUGAAAAGAAGGAUACACACCCAUUGGGAUUUAAACAUCUCCUUCCGAGAGACCUCUUGCAGCCGUGAUAACGACCUUUCCACUAUCAUCUCCAACCUGCAUCAGAGCCGUCAGCUCGUUAUGCCAGAGACCCAGAGCCGCUGCGAAUUCAAGAGAAACAGCAUUGACAUUGGCUUAGGAGCAGCAGAUGAAAUUUUAGGCAAGAGAAGAGUAUGUUCUCCCAACAGCAGCAGUGAGUGUCCUUUAGAAAGCAAGAAAGCCAGAAGUGAGUCCCCAAAGGAAAACUCCCAUACGCCUCUGCUUGAGGACUCGGUGACUCAGAUGACCCCAGAGGAGCACUACAGGCGCAUGAUGUCAGCACUGAAUGAACAUGGCACCUUUGAAGAGCAGCAACAACAGCGUCUCUACCAGCUGGCCAACAGCAUGGCGGUGCCCAGCCACGGAGAUCUCCUCCGGGCGCGGCAAGAGGUGGCGGCGGCGGCGGCGGCGCGCAACCCCGGCGCGAUGGAAGCGCACAUCCCCUCGGCCAGCAACUCUUCCAGCCAGCGGAGGAAGCAGGGCCUCCCCCAGCACAGGGACACCCACUUCCCCGAGAGGGAGAUAUCCCACCCACCGCCUCUGCUUUCACCCCAGAAUGCACCCCAUAUUGCCCUGGGGCCCCACUUGAGACCUCCUUUCCUUGGGGUGCCUUCGGCUCUGUGCCAGACACCAGGUUACGGGUUCCUGCAGCCAGCACAAGCAGAGAUGUUCGCACGGCAGCAAGAGAUGCUACGAAAGCAAAACCUGGCAAGGUUGGAGAUGUCAGCUGAGAUCAUCCGCCAGAAGGAGCUGGAGAAUCUCCACAGGCAAAGGCUACUGGCUGGUGACCCGCUGAGCCUGCAUCCCGGUUUGCCCCCAGACCACCCGGCCCUGCGCAAUGUGCACGACAUCCCUGAGGGCCACCCGCUGCGGGAGGAGCUCUCCCGGAGGAAUGCCAUGCUGGUGCUGCGGCACAAUAACACUCCCCUGCUGUCGCUCAACCCCAGUGUCCCCAACAGUGCCACGCCGCCCAAGGAGCAGCCCCGGCGGGGCAGCCGUAAGUCGGCACACCACCGCGCUGAGCCGCAGGGGCUGAGUGAGGCCAAGGAGCUGGCAGAGCCCCGGGUGCGGGACGGGGCACCGGACUGUAAUGAUGAGGAGAUGAAGGACUCUGAGAGCGAUGCGGAUGUGAGCGAUGAGAAGCCGGAGAGCCUGAAGGCUGAGAGCAGCAGCUCGGCUACUGAGCUUAAGGAGUGCAAAGAGACGGGCAAAGUCUGUGAAGGGGCCAAGGAGCUGGGUGAAACGGCUGCUGUCCAAAAUGUCCCCUGCAGCUCCUCGAGUGCUGAGUCCCCCAGCCAUUUGCUUGGACCAGGCAUCAACAAAAACGAGGUGAAAUAUCUCCCGCCAGCCUCCAUCCCACCACCUCAGCCACUGCCCUUCGGAUUCCCUUACACGAUGAGCCCGUACUUCCAUGCAGGCACCAUGGGAGGUCUGUUUCUGGAUGGUGAGGAAAGCCCUGCGCUGGAAGACAUCAGCAAAUGGACGGUGGAGGAUGUAUGCAGCUUUGUGUCCAGCUUGUCUGGCUGCACCGAGUACACUCAGGUAUUCCGAGAGCAGGCCAUUGAUGGUGAGACCCUGCCCCUCCUAACGGAAGAGCACUUGCUGAACAAUAUGGGGCUCAAACUCGGACCUGCACUGAAGAUAAGGUCACAGGUUGCCAAGAGAGUGGGCAGAGUUCUGUACAUGGCAGGCUUCCCCAUGGCUUUCCCACUGCAACCUCCUGGUUUACGGCCACCGGAGCGGGACCUGCCCCCAGCUGAUCUCCGGCCAUCCUCCACCGGCAGCGUGGCCUCCCCCUUCAGCAGUGGCCUGCCCUCCGCCAGCCGUGUCUCACCAAAGCAGGAAAAUGGAAACCCCUCCAUCAUUGCUGGGAUCAAUGACACCACAAAACCUCCAUCUUAACUGCAGGACAGCUCUUGACUGCUUCUGGAACUGAGAUUCAGUUGAACAAACUGAAGGUAAUGCAUUUUGAGAGACCAGGAGAGCCUCCCUCAGCAGUGUGAGACACAGGAGUGAGGAAGGGAGGUUUUUAAUUUUUUUGGAUGCGUAUGUGUUUUUGUUUAAAGAAAGAAGAAAAUCAAACAAAAGUCCUAAAAACUGUAAAAAGGGAAGGAAAGAAAACUAUCCAAAGAUGUACUGAGACAAGGCAAGUGAAGAGAAAGAAAAUGUUUCUAGAGGAUGGCAGCAGCGUUCCCAUUCCCUUUCACACCCCUUCUCGCUCACCAGUCUGAGAUGGAGAGCCAUGGACAGGGAAUGAACGUUUUUCUUUGCCUUCAAAGAAACAUGGCUUUCAGGAACUUCUGGGUAUGACUCCAAGCAGGCAAGGGGAAUGGGCACUGCUCCUCCCAAUGGUACUCAGCACCCCUGAGCAAAAAAACCCAUCAAAAAUGAAACCAACCACCUUCCCAGCUAUCUCCUCCUCCCUGGAAAUGGUACUCAGUUCCUCAUUCAGGUGUCUAUGCAUCUCUAGCAACUUCUAAAACAAUACCAAAGACAGACAAAAAGAAGAAAAAAAAAAAAAGGGGAAAAAAAAAAAAAAAAAAAAAGGCAAGUUCCGGUCCAUGUUUACUUCAGUGUGGAUGGUACGGCACAGGCGGCUCAGUGCUGUCCCGCAGGCUAGGGCAUGCCCUCUCCCCUGGCACGUUGUCCCUGUCAGCACACACAGAGAAUGGACUCUGCCUGUGCUCCAGCCCUGCAGAGGUGGGGCUUUUUUCCUAUUAGAUGUUUUGUUUUAAAAAGAAGAAAAAAGUGUGUGCUUUGGUGGGAUGAAGGGUCACAGCCCUCACUCCAGUGUGGCCCCCUCCCUCCUUCACGUGUACAACAGACUCAUUUAUACAUUUGGGGUGGGUUUUUUUUGUUUGUAGGGUUGGUUUUGUUCUUUUUAAAGCCUUGUUACAGAGGUGGAUGUAGUUGCACAUUCUGGCCUGCUGUGGACCAUGAGACAGAUACCUGUGCGUUCCCUGAGGAGGGGGAGGGAUGUUGGGGGAUUCAGGCUAAAAACAAUGGAUAGAGUUUUUACUACUGUGAAUGAGAUGGUAACUCCUGGGGGUGACCUCCUGUGACUUGUACAGUUGUGAACAACAAGCACAUGUGGUACUGUUCUCUCUCCCCCCCCCCCCCCCCUUUUUUUUUUUGUUUAAACAUUGCACGUGCUACCGUUUUUCUUACAAAAUAGCUUGGUGGUACAUUAGCUUCUUUAUAUUGUAAAAAAAAAAACAAACGUCAUUAUCCAUCACAUCACGAUAAAAAUGCUUUCCAGCAAUCAAUUUAAAUAAAAAAGAAAAACACUUAAUUUACAAAUGGUACCUAGCUUCCUGAGCUCCUUGCAAGUGAUUGCUUUACGCAAUGUCUCCUUUCUUUCACUGUGUACACUGGGGCCAUAUGCCUUACCGCUGGUGUUAGUAACUCUGUGUGUGUUAGCGCUACUACAUUUUUGGCCUAAAAACCGAUCUGAGGGUUGGUUCACAGCUGCCAAAAGGCAGAGAGCAUCUUGCCCAGCUAUGUUAGAGAAAGGAGGAAAAGCAACUCCUUUCUCUUUUGGAAAAAAAGGUAAGUUAAAACCUUUUUCUUACAGUUGGGGCCUUACAAGUCAUCUCUGCAGUCAUAUCCCAGGCUCCCUUUUGUAAUUGCCUUUACCAGCUGUAGGGAACCUCAGCCUUGAGCGUGCCCAAACCCCUAAUGAAGCAGCUGGUGCAUUGGCCUCCUCAGAGUGGGCUAUAAGUGAUAAUAAUAAUGAUGAUAAUCGUGAUGUCCAUAAUAAAACCCAAAUUACUAAUUUCUGAGGUUACUUCCUCCCCCUUACAGGAAAAAGGGUAUCUGGGUGCAUGUCUAGGAAGGGCAGGUCUAGUAAUUACUGUAACUGCAGAAAGAAGCCCUCGCCAACCCUAUUCCUGCCGCUAAGCUCCAAAACUCUGAAUGAAGCUGUAUGAACACUGUACUACAGCAGUAAUUACCCGUGUGGUAACGAUGUCUGGAAGCGGGAAAGGAGCAGCACUCGGUGUAGGACAGGAAGAGCCUAAUUACCUCUUUACAUACACCAAGUUGUUACCGCUUACACAUGUGGGUAAGGGAGACCACUAGUCAGGCUAUAGUACACAUUAGUAAGUUUGGGUUUUCAUCUGCAAUAAGGCAAUGUUUUUGAGCUGUGGUUCUUCUGAAUCCAUGAAAACAGAACUUAAGAAAAAAAGGAAAAGUUGUUCUUUUUACAUGUUUUUUAAAAAAGCAUCUUUUCCUCUUGUGGUGCGCAGGAGUAAAGAUGCCUGGAGGGGAGCAUGUAGGCAGUGCAGAAAGCAGAGAUGGCUGUGUCUGUGCAGGUGGCUUGGCCACCCCUAGUGCUUACAGACAGCUAUUGACCUGACUGAAUGAUGGCAAAGAAUAAAAAUUUUAUUUAGUCUUGGCCCCCUAUCUUCUUUUCUAAAAAUCUGCAUUAACAAAUAACAAUGCUCUCAAAAGGCACAGUUAAUUUUCAGGAGUGACUCUGUCAAAUACGCCCUAAGAAUACUUAACAGCAAAUACCCUCUAUUGCCAGUUUAUUUUCCAAAUAAAUUUGUUUCCCAGCUGCCAGUCCUGCAAACUAACAAGAGAUAAGCUGUUUAUAUUUUCCCAGCAGAUCACAAAUUGCAUUUACCCACCUUGAGCUACACAAUGUUCUCCCACAAGCACCACUCCUACAGGAAGACAUGUAAUGAGCUGCAUCUAGAAGCUGCCCAGGUGAUGCAGUAGUUGGCUUUGAGGUCAUAAAGAAAGGCUGGGUGCCCAAGACAGCCUGCAAUCAUCACUACUGUUUUCAGGACUCGGAACAAAACCGUGUUCACCACCAGCAUCAGCAGCUAGGACCGGCCUUAGA